UUUGGUUGCUGGACGUCGCAAUGGGCACCGCCAACAGCAAGGACGCGCGGCCGGCCGAGAGCUCGACCUCGGCGAAUACUUCGAACGAGUCGAUGGCCGAGACGGCGCUGGACAUCGUCCUCACGGGCCUCAUGGUGUACACGUCGUACCGCUGCGCCGACUACCUCGUCAAGAGCAUGGGCCCAAUGCUCGACGACUUUUGGAGCGGCAGCGCGAGCAAGGCCAAGCUGAAGCGCCGCCUCCAGAAAGCGCAACGGCCCGUCUUUACAAUGAACCACUACGAGUCGAUCAUCGCCGGCGACCUCGUGGACCCGAGCGAUCUCGGUGUGGGCUUUGACGACAUUGGCGGCCUCGAGGACCAGAAGCGCGAGCUGCACGACCUUGUCGUAUUGCCGCUCCAGUCGCCCGAGUACUUUCAGUCGAAGCUCCUCUCGGUGCCCAACGGGAUUCUGCUCUAUGGCCGACCGGGCACGGGGAAGACGCUUCUCGCCAAGGCGAUUGCCAAGGAGUCGGGCGCGUUCUUCAUCAACCUCAAGAUCUCGACGCUCAUGAGCAAGUGGUUUGGCGAGUCCCAGAAGCUCGUCAAGGCCGCGUUCUCGCUCGCGCAGAAGCUCGCGCCGUGCAUCAUCUUUAUCGACGAGGUCGACUCGUUCAUGGGCGCGCGCUCGAGCGGCGCGUCCGACCCGACGUACAACUCGAUGAAGACCGAGUUUAUGGCGCUCUGGGACGGCUUUGUCGAGAACUCGCCCAACGGCGGCUUUGGCGUCAUCGUCCUCGGCGCGACCAACCGCCCGGCCGACGUCGAUGCGGCGUUUCUGCGGCGCAUGCCCCGCACGUUUGAAGUCGAGCUCCCGAACGCCCAGCAGCGCGAGCAAAUCCUCUCGGUGCAUCUCCGCGGCGAAGCGCUCGGUCCCGACGUUACGCUAUCGCAGUUGGCGCGCGAGACGGACAACUACAGCGGAAGCGACCUCAAGGAACUCUGCCGCGCCGCGCUCAUGCUGCCCGUGCGCGAGCACAUUGAGAUGUGCCGCGAGCACCUCCGCGCCAAGCGUCCACCGCCGAGCGACGUGACGCGCCGCCCGCUCUCGCGCCGCGACUUUGACGUGGCCAAGAAGCGCGUGCAGGCCACGGGCGAGACGGCGUACGCGUACGCGGCGGCCAACGAGCCGCAGCAAGGGCCGCCGAUGAUGACGCCCGAGAUGGUUGCGAUGAUGGCCAUGGGCAUGCAGCACUUUAUGCAGGCGGCCGCGCGUGGCCCGAACAGCAACCACCAGUAGAAGCAUAGUAGAGUAGCAGGUAUGGACUAGACGACUAAGAUGAUGCAUUUCGG